ACGAUCCCGCCAGCCUGCCGAAGCUGCCAGCUGAGCCAAUCAAGAAAUUGAGACCACCGCCCACUGGUGAUUGAAACCCUCCAUCCUCCCCAAAUUCUCAAUUGGGGAUCGAAACAAUGAGCGACAACUCCAAGACCAGAACUCUCUCCGGCGACCAGCAGGGCCAGAGCCAGCAGCAGUACUACGGCACUUUCCAAGGCGUCGCCAACUACUACCCUCCGCCUCCGCAGCCUCCACCUGAGCCGGUCGUCGGUUUUCCUCAGCCCGUCCCACCUCCUGGUUACUCCGGCCGUCCUCCCUUGCCUCCCCAUCACCACCACCACCACCAACAUGGAUACCAAACGGUCACUGGUUACGCUGUUGUGGAGGGAAGACCUGUUAGCGAACGCCGCCUUCCUUGCUGCGGCAUCGGCAUAGGCUGGUUAUUGUUUAUAACAGGGUUCUUUCUUGGAGGCAUCCCCUGGUAUGUUGGAACUUUCAUCUUACUUUGUGUGCAGGUGGACUACAGAGAAAAGCCCGGAUAUGUAGCAUGCACGAUAGCUUUCCACCAGUACCAGGUCGUCGGGAGGAAGCUCCCCACCGAGACCGAUGAGCAGCCGAAGAUUUACAGAAUGAAGCUGUGGGCCACCAACGAGGUUCGCGCCAAGUCCAAGUUCUGGUAUUUUCUGAGGAAGCUGAAGAAGGUGAAGAAGAGCAAUGGCCAAGUUCUUGCCAUCAAUGAGAUCUUUGAGAAGAACCCGACAACCAUCAAGAACUACGGUAUCUGGUUGCGGUAUCAAAGCAGGACGGGCUACCACAACAUGUACAAGGAAUACCGCGACACCACGCUAAAUGGUGCGGUGGAGCAGAUGUACAUCGAGAUGGCAUCUCGCCACAGGGUCAGGUUUCCUUGUAUCCAGAUCAUCAAGACCGCCACCAUCCCCGCUAAGCUUUGCAAGAGGGAAAGCACCAAGCAAUUCCACAACUCCAAGAUCAAGUUCCCGUUGGUGUUCAGGAAGGUUAGACCACCAUCCAGGAAGUUGAAGACUACGUACAAGGCGUCAAGGCCCAACUUGUUUAUGUAAUUCGGUUGCUGUUUUUCGGCUAUUUGCUUCAAAAUUUGAUAUCGAUUGUUUUUGUUAUGUUCUCGAUAUCGAUUAUUUUGCUGUCUCACCGGUUGUUUGUCGCUCGAUGUUACUGCUGGGGUGGAUGCCUGUCGAAACACGGUGGUUUUAAGGUUUCUUAAGUUAUGGUUUAGUAAUGUUCUUUAUUAAAACCCUUGCUAAACCAUACCAGAUAUUCCAACUUCGAUCAGAAUUAUGUGAUA